CUUUCCUUUCUCUUCCCGCUUAGCCCCCUUCCUUCUGGUCCCGCUCCCAUAUGGAGACUAAUCAUCCUGAUCAGCUCUCAGUAGAACAGCCAAAUCCCCCAGGGGAUAGCUCUCCAGUCAAUCAAAACGUCCCAGGAAAGCGAGAUGCCCAACAGUCCUCAACCUCAGGCCAAGCAGCAGAGCAAGAAGCAAGCCCGCAUCCUGAGAAGGGAGCCCAUGAUAUCUCUGAAGAGCUGAGCCGACAACUGGAAGACAUUAUAAACAUGUACGGGUCUGCUGCCAGUCCCACAGGAAAAGAGGGCACCUCCGAAACUAAGGAGCAGCCCCAAAACACAGAGGCACCGGACAAUGAGGAUGGCGACUAUGAAGAAACCACCGAAGAGACAGACAGAGAACCCACUGCUCCUGAAGAGCCAGCCACAGCCAAAGGGCCUGUCAGUAAUAAAGAGCAAAAGCUGGAAAAGAAAAUCCUGAAAGGAUUAGGUAAAGAAGCUAAUUUGCUCAUGCAAAAUCUAAACAAGCUGCAGGCACCCGAAGAAAAGCUUGAUUUUUUAUUCAAGAAGUAUGCUGAAUUGCUGGAUGAACAUCGCACUGAGCAAAAGAAACUGAAGCUCCUACUGAAACAGCAGGCGCAAACGCAGAGAGAGAAGGACCAGUUGCAGAGUGAGCACAACAGAGCCAUCCUGGCUCGAAGCAAACUCGAAAGUCUGUGUCGGGAGCUACAGAGGCAUAACAAGACACUGAAGGAAGAGACCCUCCAACGGGCGCGCGAGGAAGAAGAGAAGAGAAAAGAGAUCACGAGUCAUUUUCAGAGUACCCUGACAGAUAUCCAGACCCAGAUAGAACAACAGAGCGAGCGCAAUAUGAAGCUCUGCCAGGAGAACACAGAGCUCGCAGAAAAACUGAAAAGCAUCAUCGACCAGUACGAGCUCAGAGAGGAGCAUCUGGACAAAAUAUUCAAACACCGAGAACUGCAGCAGAAGCUGGUGGAUGCGAAACUUGAAGAGGCCCAAGAACUGAUGCAGGAAGCAGAGGAGCGGCACAGACGGGAGAAGGAAUAUUUGCUGAACCAGGCGGCAGAGUGGAAACUUCAGGCCAAAGUGCUAAAGGAGCAGGAGACCGUGCUGCAGGCUCAGCUUACUCUCUACUCGGGAAGGUUUGAGGAGUUCCAGAGUACACUGACGAAAAGUAAUGAAGUGUUUGCCACUUUCAAGCAGGAAAUGGAUAAUACGACAAAGAAAAUGAAGAAGCUGGAGAAGGACACGGCCACAUGGAAAGCCCGAUUUGAGAAUUGUAACAAAGCCCUGCUGGAUAUGAUCGAAGAGAAAGCCCUGCGAGCUAAGGAAUACGAGUGUUUCGUGAUGAAAAUCCAGAGGCUGGAGAACCUGUGUCGUGCUUUACAAGAAGAGAGAAAGGAACUCUACAAGAAAAUCAGAGACGCAAAAACGUCCGAAAAGGAAGACCAGGUUCCGCACACCUCUGACGAAGAGCCAGAGUCAAAAGUCUCUGAAGAUAAAGAGAUGGAUGUAGAGGAAGCCAACGGCGUUCAAAAUGCUGUGAAAAAUCUGGCCACAGUUUUCACCAUCCUUCAUCAUCCAGAGUUCACCCCAGACCAAUCAGGGGAAAGACAACCGGCAGUGAAUGGUCCUCAAGGCGGAAGUGACCUCACCCACCAGCAUACCGAACCAGCCCAUUUAAACCAUCCCAACCCUUCCAGUGCUUCAGGGAGUCCUCAGCCCCCUGUGGGUUCUCAGGCUGGUUCUGAGGGGGGCUGUGAGGCUGCACCUGCCCCUACAGCCUGCUGUACCCCUGCAGAGGCAGAGCUCCAAAGCCAGGGUCUCUCUGCUGGGAAUCCCCCAGACCCGAAGCCGCAGAAGCCAGAGGCAAAAGCUUCUGGUCAGGCCCCACUGUCCCCAGCCCAGGGCUCCCUAGCCGUAAUAGAGGCAAAAUGUGAUAUUUCGCCGUCCCCAGAGAGUGAGAGAGAUCCUGCUGUUGUGCCUGGGUGUGAGUCUAAGGAACAUCCCCCACCAGAAGUCCCAGACAUCCGGCUAGGCCCUAACACCGGGCUCCCCAGAGAGCCCGAUGCCUGUCUGAACGGAGUAGAGUAAGCCUCAUCGAUUCUUCUGUCUGUUCACCUAGCUCCAUCUUUCUCAACAGCAGAAAGUCUGUGAAAGAAACUUCUAGUCCUAGAAAACACAUACACACGUAUUUUCAUACAUGUAUAUAACGUUAUCAUAUAAGCAUAUUUCACUCCUUACAGAUUUUUCUCUAUUGCAAGAUAUUUACAUGCUUGUAAAAAAUUUCUGCGGGAAGUUAAAAAAAAUUCUCUCUCUCUUACACUCUGGAUUACAGUAGAUUAAAACUGUAUGAAUCAGAAACAGCACAUGCUGUACACAAGGAGGACCUCAGGACGCCUUUAACAGCAAAGGGGAAAAUCACAAACAGGUGGUUCUGAUCUGCUAAUGCUUCUGAUUCUCACAGUUAGCUUCCUCCCAACUUCCCAGCAUCCCACCUCCCGGGAUGAAGCAGCCUCCUCCUGGCUACCUGUGAGAAAGUGGUUGGAAAUAGAGAAAGAAUCUAAGAUUUGAGGGGUUGUGUAUACUCAGCAUAGAGGAAGCUGGCCCUGGUCCCUGCUUCUUUGGCUACUGAUAUCUCAGGAAAACACUUCUUGUUGUCUCUAACCUUGUGUUUUAUCUCAAAGCAUCUAUUCCUUCCAAAUUCCCUCCUUUGUAUCAAUAUGUAUGCCUGGCCCACGUCUCAAUUAAUGUUAAGUAAAAUAUAUUUUUCCGAAACAGGAAUCCACACGAGCUCUCAAUAGGAGUAAUAAGGCUUACAAAGCCAACACAUUUUCUGCUCUAAGGAGUUUUGAACAGGCAGAAAUACAAAAUUAAAAAGGGGGGAUCAUACUCAUAAUUCAAAAAUAGCAGGCGAGGACUUUAUAGAUGUCAAAAGCUAGAAGCAAUUGGGAUUACCCAAACAAGUUUUAUACUCGCAUUGUUGACAAAACAAAUCCUCUACUAACACUGACAGCAUACAUUACUCUGCCUAGGCUAAAAGACUAUACUAACAAAACAGGAAGAGGUGGGAAGGAGGGAGACAGAAGGAGUAUAAAGAAUGGACUGUCUAAUCUAACUCUACGUUAAGAAGUUGAACACAGGUAGAAAUAUGGAUAAAGGAAGGUUCUUGAAAACUCAUCCAGGAAGUCAUUCUUCAGUGGUGCAUGGUGGCUGUUUGCCAAUGCACACAAGGAGCUGGUAGGCAGUAGCCAUAUGUUAAAGGAAUUAUAAAACUGUAUAAAAUUUGUUUGAAGUAGACAGUAAGGGAAAGAACAAAAAUACCAUUUGGGGAAAAAAAAAAAACCAGGGGAAAAAGCACAUCAUUAUUUGAGAACUCAUGUGUUUUCAGAGGCUUUGCAUAUUAUAACCGCACGGGGAUCCGGCCAAGUUCAACACCACUGGAAAUUAGACAUUCAAUUAACUCAAAGCCAAAUAUUCACUAUACUAAUCCCUUCUCUCUGUUUACAGGAGAAAGAACAGAGUAGGAUCAUCAUAGUUAAGUCUCAAUCCAAAAACUCAGGAAGACAAACAGGCAGGAGGCACUGACAUCCAAUAAAUUAGGAAUUCUAAUAUCCAAUGUUUAUUAUUUUCAUCCAAGAGAAUUUCACAGCAACAUAUCACUCAUAACUGUGUGUACCUUUGGCACAGUUUCACAGGCUAUACCUUCCCUGAAACCUGUAAAGCUUUAAUAUAGGCUUUGGGAGACUUAUUUUAAUAGUCAAAGAAUGUUUUAUUAUAGUACUUUGUGUUCAAACUUGGCCUUACUAAUCAUAACAACUCAUAAGAUCUGAAAGCAGAAAUCACAUCUCUUCUUUAUGAAGUUCAUAUAACUAUUUUUAGAGAUGCCAAAUCUUUCUAGAAACACUGGAAUUAUUGCUUUCUAAAUGUAAUAACAUAAUGUUUAUACCAAUUAAAAAGGCAUUUCUUCCAA